AUGGCCGUCGAUUCAACUGAUCGGCGGGACUUCAUCGUGAAAAUCAACGGCGAAGAGAGCGGAGCCGUUGGUGCUACAGGGUCAAGCAGCAAUGCUGACGGAGGGAAUAUCUGGAGGGAGUCGAGCUACGACUUCUGGGAUGGAGAAAAGGGCAAGAACGAUGAUAAAGACGGCGACGUCGGCGGCGAAGACGACGGAGGGAGUUUCCAUUUCACGCGGCGGAGAGCACGGUCGCAUGAUAUAUCUGCUCCGCCUCCGAAGGUAGUCGACCAGCUUCUUCAAAGGCAGAAAACUUCCGGCGGCGAGAUCUCUCUCGAUAUCGAGCAGCUCAACAUAGCAGAGCUCCACAGCAGCACCACGCCAAGUGGCCUAACGCCGAUAUCCGAAUCGUCUUCUCCAUUCACGGUGAAAGGAAAAACCGACGCGUUUAGACGGAGGCAGAGGAGGAUAUCGCUCGGGGAAAGCAGCGACGAAGAAGGCAGACACGGUAACGGGAAACGAGAAGAGGCGGAGGUUGUCAAGUGUAGCGCUAAUAAACCACCGAUACUGAGGAGGAACCAGACGAAAUCGAGACUGAUUGAUCCUCCGACACCGACACAUCCAGCGAUUGACAAAACAGAGAUGAAGUCUGGUCGAAGAACCGGGAUUUUUUCAUCCGGUUUUCUCGGGAAAAGCCCUAAACCGGGGACUCCGGCUCGCGGUGCGAUACAUGAAGAGGAAGAAGAAGAAGAUCCGUUCAUGGACGAGGAUCUGCCGAGGGAGUUCAAAAGAGACAAACUCAGCAUCUGGGUGAUUCUUGAAUGGAUAAGUCUGAUUCUGAUAGUUACGAGUUUGGUCUGUAGCUUAACCGUACAUAGCUUGCAACGCAAGACAUGGUGGAAGCUGGAUUUGUGGAAAUGGGAAGUGACGGUUUUGGUUUUGAUUUGCGGGAGAUUGGUCUCGAGCUGGAUAGUGAGGAUACUCGUCUUCUCCGCCGAGAAAAACUUGCUCCUGAGGAAAAGGGUUUUGUAUUUCGUGUACGGAGUACGAAGAUCGGUUCAAGGGUGUUUGUGGUUAGGGCUAGUGUUGCUUGCGUGGCACUUCUUGUUCGACAAGAAAGUACAAAGAGCGACUCGUUACACGGCGAUUAGGUACGUGACGAGAGUGCUUGUGUGUUUGCUUGUCGCUGUGAUCAUCUGGUUGAUUAAAACGCUUCUGGUCAAGGUUCUUGCCUCGUCGUUCCACAUGAGCGCUUACUUUGACCGGAUUCAAGAAUCGGUGUUCACUCAGUACGUGAUUGAGACGCUCUCGGGUCUUCCUUUGAUGGAGAUUCAGAGAAUGGAGGAAGAAGAGGAGAAAAUGAUUGAAGAUGUCAAGAGUUUAGAGAGAUUGGCUGGAGCUAAGCUGCCUCCGGCUUUAAAGGAGACGGUCAAAAGCUUUAUGAAAGUAGGGAAAGGUCCUGGUCCGAGACUGGCUAGGGUUGGUUCUAAGAAAGUGAGAGAUAGCGAAGGGAUAAGGAUUGAUCAUUUGCAGAGAAUGAACACUGACAAUGUGUCUGCUUGGAAUAUGACGAAACUGAUGAAUAUAAUACGAAAAGGCGCUCUUUCUACGUUAGACCAACAUUUACAGGACACAGUUCCAGAGGAUGAGGACGCUACACAGAUAAGAAGCGAGUGCGAAGCUAAAGUUGCUGCUAAGAAGAUUUUCCACAAUGUCACUGAGCCUGGUACCAAGUACAUAUAUUUGGAAGACAUCUUGCGGUUUCUGUCCGAAGAGGAGUCUGAAAGAGCCAUGGCUCUCUUUGAAGGAGCUCAAGAGAGCAAUAAGAUUAGCAAGUCUUGCCUCAAGAAUUGGGUGGUUAAGGCGUUUAGAGAACGGAGGGCUCUGGCUUUGACGUUAAACGAUACAAAAACAGCAGUGAACCGGCUUCACCGUAUAAUCAACGUUUUGAUUGGCAUUAUAAUCAUAAUCAUCUGGCUUCUUAUACUCGGAAUCGCCACAACCAAAUUCUUGCUAGUCCUAAGCUCUCAGCUCCUUCUAGUAGCCUUUAUAUUCGGAAACUCAUGCAAAACCAUCUUUGAAGCCAUCAUUUUCCUUUUCGUGAUGCACCCAUUUGACGUUGGUGAUCGCUGCGAAAUCGAUGGUGUUCAGUUGGUUGUGGAGGAAAUGAACAUAUUGAAUACUGUUUUCUUGCGAUAUGAUAAUCAGAAGAUCGUGUAUCCGAAUAGUCUUCUCGGCACAAAACCUAUAGCUAACUAUAACCGAAGUCCCGAUAUGGGAGAUGCGGUUGAAUUCUGUGUUCAUAUAGCAACUCCUCACGAGAAGAUAGCUGCUAUCAAACAGAGAAUACUCAAUUAUAUAGACAACAAGAAGGAUCAUUGGUAUCCUGCACCUAUGAUUGUGUUACUAAGCAUGGAUGACUUGAAAAGUGUGAAGAUCGCAGUGUGGUUGACACAUACAAUGAAUUUUCAAGAUAUGGGAGAGAGGUUUAUAAGGAGAGGUCUAUUGCUAGAGGAAGUUGGAAAAGUUUGUAGAGAGCUUGAUAUUGAGUAUCGUUUAUAUCCUCAAAGCAUUCAUAUUCGAAGCCUCCCUCCGCCGAUUACUCCGGGGACUUCUGACCGUGUUCCUCCUGCCUGGAUGCAUCAACAACGCGGUGCAUGA